AUGUCGGAGCCGAAGGACGCCGAGAUGCCUUUUGACUCCCACAAGGAGGCCGGCGCCUUCGAGAUCGAUGAUGUGCAUGAGGCAAAAUCCGAGAACCGCAUGACCGAGGCGGCGAUGGACGCCGAAUUGGCCCUGUUUGAGGAACAAUUGCCGAAUCUGCGCAAGUCGCGAUUCGAGCUCAACUUCAACAAUCCCAGCAUGUGGACUUACCUCCUGGUUGCCUUUGCCUCCAUGGGUGGUCUGCUCUCAGGGCUGGAUCAGUCCUUGAUCAGUGGAGCCAAUCUCUAUCUUCCCAGAGAUCUGCACUUGAACGACUCAUUGAACAGUCUUGUAAACGCCGGUAUGCCCCUUGGUGCCGUUGCUGGUGCUCUUAUUCUGUCUCCUGCCAAUGAGUAUCUCGGCCGUCGCAUGGCCAUCAUUGUUUCUUGCAUCCUCUAUACCAUCGGUGCUGGUCUCGAGGCUGGUGCUAUCAACUUUGGUAUGAUAUUCUCAGGUCGUUUCAUCCUUGGUAUGGGUGUUGGUCUCGAGGGUGGUACCGUCCCCGUCUACGUCGCUGAGUCUGUGCCUCGUCGCGUUCGUGGUAACCUCGUCUCCCUUUACCAGCUCAAUAUUGCGCUGGGUGAAGUUCUCGGCUACGCUGUCGCCGCCAUGUUCGUCUCUGUGCCGGGUAACUGGCGCUACAUUCUGGGCUCCUCCCUAGUCUUUUCCACCAUCCUGCUCGUGGGCAUGCUGUUCAUGCCCGAGAGUCCUCGAUACCUGAUGCAUAAGGAGAAGGAGCUUGAAGCUUAUGCUGUGUGGAAGAAGAUCCGUGGGUUCAACGACUUUGAAUCCAAGGAGGAGUUCCUCGGUAUGCGUCAAGCCGUGAGUGCUGAGGCUGAGGAGCAGAGCAAGACCAAGAAAUACCCCUGGAUGGACUUCUUCACCGAUCCUCGUGCUCGACGUGCCAUCGUCUACGCCAACAUCAUGAUUGUCCUGGGUCAACUGACAGGUGUGAACGCCAUCAUGUACUACAUGUCUACCCUGAUGAAGAACAUUGGUUUCGACGACAAAAAGUCCGUGUUCAUGUCCCUUGUCGGCGGUGGCGCUCUCUUGAUCGGCACCAUCCCCGCCUGUCUGUACAUGGAACGCUUCGGUCGCCGCUACUGGGCUAACGUUAUGCUGCCCGGCUUCUUUGUUGGAUUGGUCCUGGUUGGAGCUGGCUACACCAUCGAUUACAACAAGUACCCCGCUGCCGCGGAGGGUGUCUACUUGACCGGUAUCAUCUUGUACAUGGGCUUCUUCGGUUCCUACGCUUGCUUGACCUGGGUCAUUCCCUCGGAGGUCUUCCCAACCUACCUCCGUUCGUAUGGUAUGACCACUGCCGAUGCCAACCUGUUCCUGAUGUCCUUCAUCGUCACCUACAACUUCUCCCGCAUGAUGGAGGCGAUGACCCGCAUUGGUCUGACCCUCGGCUUCUACGGAGGCAUUGCCGUACUCGGCUGGUUCUACCAGGUCAUUUUCAUGCCAGAGACCAAGAACAAGUCGCUGGAGGAGAUCGAUGAGCUCUUCUCAAAGCCCACUUCCGUCAUUGUCAAGCAGAAUCUCAAGCAAACUUCUGAGAUUAUCAAGGACCUCGCGCACUUCCGCAUCCGCAAGGUCUUCUCCCCAGAGCCUUACGUCAAAUGA